UGGUAGGGCCACAAACCAACUUCCAGCCUCCAUCUGCUUGUUUAUUAUUUGUCGAAUCCAACUACACUGUCGAGAUUAUCUCGACUUUUAAAUUUUGCGACUUCAAAACUCACACAUCGCCACCACUUCUCAUCUACGCCGCCUCCUCUUCAACGACCACCAUGUGUUCAACCGACAUGUUCCUCGGCAUCCUUGCCAUUCUCUUUCCCCCGCUGCCUGUCUGGGUCAAGCGCGGCCUCUGCGGCGCCGACUCCCUCAUCAACAUCUGCCUGUGCAUCCUCGGCUUCAUCCCAGGCCUGCUACACGCCUGGUACAUCAUCGCAAAGUACCCCGAGCCCGCCUACGAAUACGAGGCCAUCCCCAACGACCGCGAAGGUGGCCGAGUCACAUAUGUCUACGUCCAGCCCCAUGGCCCUCACUUCCAGCCACCAAAGCCUCAGGGCUCCUCGAACCAGAUGAACUACGGCACCGCUUCCAACCAGAACUCUUCGCCCCAGCCCCAGCCGCAACAGCAGGGCGUGGCGGGCUCUGGAGAGGGCAGCUCAAACCCCGAGAACCAGGGCGUUCCUCCUUCGUACGCCGAGGUUGUUGCCGGCGACCACAAGGUCCAGACGCAGGACUAGAGGCGGGACUCGUCAUCUAUAUUCGGUAGAUAGAGUUUUGCGGCCAUCCCAACUUGCAAGACUGCCGAACAAUACCGGCAGAUAAAGAUACAGAUACCAGGGCGGCGGCGUGAAUGAAACUAUGCUACACAGUAGAUUUGAUGAGACGGUGGAGACGAAGAUAAUGAUGUAUUGCCCUUUGAGCUACUACGCGCUGCCUCUUUCUUUUUCUUGAGUAGCUUUAAAGGCGUUGGAAUUACUGGCGUGUUACGUAUAACUGAGACAAUGGAUUUGAACCCUUUUCUGUUUUGUCCUUGUUCUUUUGGUGUUUUCAUUGGUGCGUUGCUUAGGCCGUUAAGAGAACAAUAAUAUACUUCAACACAAAUUCAAGACACCAUCAUGUGGCACAUCAAUAAACCUUUUAUUUGACUACUGUAC